GGACAGCCCCGGCAGCGGGGCGGGGGGGAGUUAUAUUGCGGGGUCCUUCCUUGCUCACCCUGGUUCCUCUCGGAGCGGAGACGGCAAAUGGCGGACUUCGAUACCUACGACGAUCGGGCCUACAGCAGCUUCGGCGGCGGCAGAGGGUCCCGCGGCAGUGCUGGUGGCCAUGGUUCCCGUAGCCAGAAGGAGUUGCCCACAGAGCCCCCCUACACGGCAUAUGUAGGAAAUCUACCUUUUAAUACGGUUCAGGGCGACAUAGACGCUAUCUUUAAGGAUCUCAGCAUAAGGAGUGUACGGCUAGUCAGAGACAAAGACACAGACAAAUUUAAAGGAUUCUGCUAUGUAGAAUUCGAUGAGGUGGAUUCCCUUAAGGAAGCUUUGACAUACGAUGGUGCACUGUUGGGUGAUCGAUCACUUCGUGUGGACAUUGCAGAAGGCAGAAAACAAGAUAAAGGUGGCUUUGGCUUCAGGAAAGGUGGACCAGAUGACAGAGGAAUGGGUGGCUCUCGAGAAUCUAGAGGUGGAUGGGAUUCCCGGGAUGACUUCAAUUCCGGCUUCAGAGAUGACUUCCUAGGAGGCAGGGGAGGCAGUCGCCCAGGUGACCGGCGAACAGGCCCUCCCAUGGGCAGUCGUUUCCGAGAUGGCCCUCCCCUUCGUGGCUCCAAUAUGGACUUCAGAGAACCAACAGAAGAGGAACGAGCACAGAGACCGCGACUCCAGCUUAAACCUCGAACAGUUGCAACGCCCCUCAAUCAAGUAGCCAAUCCCAACUCUGCUAUCUUCGGGGGAGCCAGGCCCAGAGAGGAAGUUGUUCAGAAGGAGCAAGAAUGAGCCUGCAGUGGGAGGGAACGGGGUGUGGGGGAGAUAGAGUGGACCGCAGCCUGGGUGCACCUGGCCCGCAGUCCUGCAGUCACCAUUCCUGCGCCUGACAUCGCCCUCCUCCUCACAGCGGAAACAGCUUGUGAAUGCAUGUCAGCUGUUAACAAGUGGUUUUUAGUCAUUCUCGGCCUCGCUGUAUCUCUCUAGUGCCUGUUUUGUGCUUUUUCUUUUUUCUUUUUCUUUCUUUUUUUCCUACCACUCCUUCCUUUUCCUUCUGUCCUUUUUCCUUCUUGCUCCUUGUUUUCCUGACAGCACUUGGGUCUCCCGGAGGAACCAUGUGGGAUUGUGUGGGUUGAGGUGCUGCUUCAUUCUCGUCCUCGGCUCUUCACUUCAGCCACCAUGGCUCGACUCCAGGCAUUCUUUUGAUUUUCUUGGUGCUUCUCUUCUGACUUGCAUGUUGAGUUCUGUAUUGCUGUGGCUUCCAAAGGAAG